AUGGACGAGCACAAGAAGUUUCUAGCGGAUCGCAUACUGAGCGAGGAACGGCCAAUUACCUAUCGAAUAUUGAGCCGCGCCUUGGAUGUCAAUGUCAAUACUGCAAAGGAAAUGCUCUUUGAUUUUUACCAAUAUCAGAAUGCGUUGCGUGCCGACUCCGUACACGCCACAUACCUCGUCUAUGGAGCCAAGGACGCCCUCCCACAACCAGACGUUGAUGUUGAGAUGGGCAGCUCUCAGCCGGAGCCCCUUACUGAAACGGUGCCAACCAUGACCAUGACCCUGGUCAAUCAUGACAAGCUUGAAGAUACCCUGCGCCAAUAUAGCAAAGUAACAGCUAUACACAUAUACAGCUUGGCUCCGAACCCCCAAAAAGAUUUGGUUUUGCUGGCCGAUGUUGCCAAGUCCAUUUCCGAGUACGCCACUAAUGAGGAUGCGGCCGCCUCAUCUAAGAAGUAUGGCACCAUCUAUAAUCCUCACACGCGGCGGAGAAAUCGAAAGAAGGGUGUCCCUGCGCCAACUCCUGCACCAGCUGCUGCGAAGAAACCAGAACCUGCCGUAAAAGCUGUUGCGCAACCUGCCACCACCACCCCAGCCCCUGCGAAAAAGGAACCAGCCCCAACCACAAUCAAGCGAGAGGCCUCGUCGUCAAGUUCGACAAAGAGCACUCCAGCACCAAAAAAGGGUGGCGGCGGCGGAAUUAUGCAGUCCUUUGCAAAGGCUGCCUCUAAGCCACCGAAGCCUAAACCAGUGGUGAAGAAGGAGGAAGAUACGACUAUGGCUCUAAGUGACGACGGAGAGGCUGAUGACGACGUGCCUGCCCCAAAGAAGACUGCUGCCGAGACAGAGUCUCUAAGGCAAGCGAAGAGAAAACGCGAAGAGGACCUGCGGCGUAUGAUGGAGGAGGACGAUGAAGAGGAGGAAGAAGAGGAAAAGGAAGCAGAUGAUGCCGAGAUGGAAGAGCCAGAGCCUGAACCCGAACCCGAACCCGAGCCGGUAAAGGAAGAGAAGAAAGAGCCGGAAGAGGUCGUCUCUACAUCGUCGAAUGGUCGUCGGCGCGGUAAACGUCGCGUAAUGAAGAAGAAGCGGAUGCUGGACGACCAAGGAUAUAUGGUUACAAUUCAAGAAGCCGCUUGGGAGUCAUUCUCAGAAGACGACACUCCCGCGCCGCCGAAAAAGGAAACACCAAGCUCUACACCUGCCUCGUCAGGCGGAAAACCCAAGAAAGCGCCAGCCGCCAAAGGCAGCCAAGGAAACAUCAUGUCAUUUUUUGCAAAGAAGUAG